CCAGAAUAGCAUCAAGUAACAAGCAACAACAAUACCCAACGACACAAUGGCUCCCAGCGCUCCCCCAAUCCUUGAUUUUUCCCCCUUCUACGGAGGCGACAGCGAGGCCAAGGCCCAACUGGUUGAGGCCGUCCGCAACUGCUGCCUCUACAAUGGCUUCUUCCAGAUCACCGGCCAUCGCGUGCCACUCGACCUACAGCGUCGUGUUAUGCGCUGUGCCGAGCGAUUCUUCGACCUCCCGCUGGAAGAGAAGCUCAAGAUCGAUAAGAACAACAACAGUUUCAACCGCGGUUACGAACUCCUCCGCUCGCAGAUGCUCGAAGUAGGCACCGGCCCCGAACUCAAAGAAGGCUUGUACAUCGGCCAGGAAAUCCCCGAAGAUCAUCCCUACUACAUUCAGAAAAAGCUCAACAGCGGUCCGAACCAGUGGCCACCGACUGUGCCCGAUAAGGAAGAUUUCCAACGCACAUCGAUGGAAUACUACAAUGCGGUAUUUGACUUGGCCAAGGACGUCCUGUCUCUUCUGGCUUUGACUUUGGAUGUAAAUGAGGAUUACUUCGACCCACUCACCGACGGAGCGGUCGCAACUAUGCGCAUGCUGCAUUAUCCUGCGCAACCUAAGGAUGCAGAUGAGAAGCUAAACCGAGGUAUUGGCGCACAUACCGAUUUCGGAUGCAUUACGCUGCUUCUGCAGGAUGAGGUGGAUGGAUUGCAGGUUCUGGAUGCACCUACUGGCCAGUGGCUUGAUGUUCAACCAGUUCCUGGUGCCUACGUAGUCAAUCUCGGCAACCUGUUCAUGCGCAUGGCCAACGACCGGUACAAAUCCAACAUUCAUCGCGUUAUUAACAAGUCUGGCCGCGAGCGAUACUCUAUUCCGUUCUUCUUCAGUGGUAACCCUGAUUACCUGUGCGAGUGUCUGCCCAACUGUCGCGCGGAGGGAGAGGCACCGAAGUAUCCACCUAUCACCGUUGAGGACAUGGUGACGGCUUCGUAUAAGGAGAGCUACGGACGGGCGGAGCAGUAUAAAAAGGAGAUGGAGGAGAAGGCGAAGCUGAAGAUGGAGACGGCGCCAGCUACAGCGGCGGUGGUGGCCGAAUCUUCAGACUCAGAAGUGGAGGUGGAGGUCCAAACGGCAGCCACACAAGCUGGCACAGAUAGCGAUCCCCCACCCUUGACAAUCGAUAAGAUACUAUUGAUGUCGUUCAUACUGGAUGACCCGGAUGUGCAGCAGUUCUAUGGCUCCUCUACUACAGAAGCAUAUCGGCUGAAGUCGGAGUUGGUGGGGAAGUGUAUGGAGGAAAUUGGGAUGGGAAGGUGCGUUCUUGUCUUCGCCAUUGUCUUUGCAUCACAAGGCAUCAGCAGCGUUCAACCGCCUAUUGAACUCGAGUUCCCCGGUAUUGUCCAGGUCAGCUACAGCUCCGUUGCCUACUAUACGGGCUUGAUUCUCGGUGCUUCGUUCUGGGGUAUCUCUAGCGACUUGAUCGGCCGGAAGCCCGCGUUCAACUCGACCCUCCUGAUUGCAGGUAUCUUCCUGUGUGGUGCUGCAGGCACUGAAAGCUUUCUGGCCUUUAGCGCCAUGUGGGCUGUCAUCGGCACCGCAGCGGGUGGUAAUGUCCCGGUAGAUUCGAUGAUCUUUCUCGAGUUUGUUCCUGGGAGUCACCAAUACCUCCUGACAGCCCUAUCGGCCUGGUGGAACUUGGGCCAACUGAUCGUGUCGCUCCUGGCCUGGGUCUUUCUCGCCAACUACAGCUGUCCAACCGAUUCUACACCAGCAACAUGUCAUCGAAGUGAGAAUAUGGGAUGGAGAUACACCCUAAUCACCCUAGGUGCUCUAUCCCUCGCCUUUACCGUCAUCCGCAUCUUCAUCUUUAAGCUUCCCGAAACUCCCCGCUACCUCCUCUCCAAAGGCAAGGACCAAGCCGCCGUCGACUCCGUCAACUACGUCGCUCGCCAGAACGGAAAGCCAGAGCCUCUGAAUAUCGGCAUGUUUCAGGAGAUUGACGCCCGACUAGGAAUUACCAAUGAAUCCAAUACGUCUGCACAGGGCCCGGGUUUGACCACCAAGGAAAUCAUCAAGGAGAACAUGAAAGACUUUCGGUCCACGCACUAUCAGGCACUCUUUGCUACGAGAAAACUUGGUAUCCAUACUGGUAUCGUCUGGCUUAUUUGGCUGACAAUUGGCAUCGCCUAUCCCCUCUACUUUAACUUCCUCCCCUCCUACCUCGCCACAAAAUUCUCAUCGGACGACUCCCUCUACACUACUUACAGAAACUACUGCAUCGAGUCCGCUGUCGGCAUCGUCGGGCCCCUCUCUGCAGCUUACUUCGUAACCACCUUCUUCGGUCGGCGGUGGAUGAUGGGCAUUUCUUCCAUCAUCACGGGCGUCUUCCUCUUCGCAUAUGUGGGAGUCAGUAAUCCAACUUCCAGUCUAGCAUUCGCAUGUAUAACAGGCAUUUUGGGGAAUUUCGAAUACGCAAUCAUGUACGCCUUCACGCCGGAAUCCUUUCCCGCUCCACAUCGAGGAACAGGUACCGGCACUGCUGCUUCAUUAUUAAGGUUUGGUGGGCUCUGUGCUAGUUUGAUUGCUUCGCAGACAGGGUUCACACCGGCGCCAAUAUAUGCAAGUGCUGCAUUAUGGGUUGCUGUUGGGUUUGUCUGCUUUGGGUUACCAUUUGAGACGCAUGGGCAUGCGGCUAUUUAGAUGUGUGGGAUUGGUCAUUGUGCACGCUAGGAAGUGGGUAGACUGUGGUAUGGGAAAUUAGGAAGGUCUUGGCCAGAUCAUGAUGUACCAGGUUCCUGGGUUGCUUUGUCUUUGUAUGG